AUGAGAAGAGCAGUAAUACAAUUAUCAAAGAGUAAUAGUAGAAAUUGUUCAUCUUCUAUUAUAAAGAUGAAUAAUUCUAUCGGAAUGAAUAAUUUUCUUCUUCCAACAACAAUAACAUCAUGUAGUAUGAAUAAUCAACAUCAAUUAUUCAAAUUAAUAACAUUAUCAUCAUUUAAUUAUCAUCAAUCAUUAUAUCAUUCUAAUAAUAAUUUGAAUAAUAAUAAUUUAAAUAAUGAUGAAAAUAAUUUAAAUAAUAAUUUAAAUAAUGAUGAAAAUAAAUUUUCAAGAGAUGAAUUACAAGAAAUAUUAAAUCAAGUAGAAGAACAAGUAUAUUCUCAUAAAUUAUUUAAUCAAGUUUUAAAUCUUCCAAAUCAACCUGAAGAAAAUUUAUUUUUAAAAUGGAAUUCAAUUACUCAAAUAGUAAAUCAAAGUUAUUAUAAAGUAUUAAAACAAAAAUAUCCACAAAUUUAUUCAAUUGAUGAAAAACUUCAAGAUGAAGGUGAAAUUUCUAAUCAAAUUACUUUAAAAGUAGUUUUAUUUAAAAAUGAAUUAUAUAAAUAUCAAGAUUUAAAUAUUUUUAAUUUUAUUAAAAGAAUUUUAAUUAAUUUUGGAUUGAAUGAAUUUAAUAAUAUAAAAUCAACAAUAGAAUCAUCUCCUUCAUUACAAUUAAAUAAUAUUGAAAAAUUAUCAGAUGAAAAUAUUAAAGAAAUUUAUAAAAAUACAUUUUUAACAAUAAAUGAUGAUGAAUUAAAUAAUUCAAUUUAUUAUCAAGAAUUAAAAGCAAUUGGACAAAGUGGACCAAAUGAUUUAUAUCAAAGAAAUGAAUUAACAAAACCAAUUAUAGCAAGAGCUCAAUAUGAAGUUAUUACAAAAUAUUUUGAAAAUAAUUAUUUAUUACAUUGGUUACAAUAUAGAUUAUCUUUAGAAGAAUGGUAUCAUCGUUUAGGUUCAAAAGAUCAAGAAAUUAUUGAUAGAACAAGAGAAUUUCAUAAUUGGCAACUUGAUAUCAUUGUUGGAAGAGAAGAAAAAACUAAAAAUUCUAAAAAAUUUAAAAAAUUUGUUGCAAUUUUAUUUGCAUUAACUGUUGGUAUUGUUGCAAUUGCAUAUAUUGGUUUAGGAGGAAAUAAGGAUAAAAAAGAAAAUGAAAAUUAAAUUUUAUUUUUUUAUUU